UAAUGUUAAAAACAGUAUUUAGAAAGUCCUAAGCAGGUUUCCAAUGCUCUAACUACGAAAAUAUUUCCUUUAUUAAUAUUGAAUCCUACUUUGCAGAAAUUCACUUGUCGCGGUUGGGCCUGGAACCAAUUAAGCGCGAUAAACGAGGGAAAACUCUUUACAGACAUGACGAUUGCAGCUUGUUCUGCUGCCUUCUUGUUUGCCACAAGCAUGGAUGAAUUCAUGUCAACCACAGAAGACUACUGGUUUUUCGACUACGACAAUUACACCAUGUCCCCCGAAACCAGCAAGACGUAUGCAGCCCCCUGCCCCCAUGAGGACGUAUAUACAUUUGCACAGAGAUACCUGCCUGUCGUCUACAGCCUCGUCUUCUUCCUUGCCGUGGUGGGCAAUGCGCUGGUACUGUGCGUGAUCCGACGCUACCGAAUCUCCCGCGGCGGCGCCUGCUCCUUCACUCUGACCGACACCUUCCUCCUCCACCUGGCCAUCUCCGACUUGCUGCUGGCUUUCACCCUGCCACUGUUUGCAGUGCAAUGGGCUCACCAGUGGGUGUUCGGCGAGGUCGCCUGCAAGAUCUCAGGGGCUCUUUUCUCCCUCAACCGCUACAGCGGCAUUCUCUUCCUGGCGUGCAUCAGCUUCGACCGCUACCUGGCCAUCGUUCACGCAGUCAGCUCUGGCUGGAAGCGUAGCACCUGCCAGGCCCAGAUCGCCUGCGGCCUCAUCUGGGUGGGCUGCCUGGCCCUCGGUGGCAUUGACAUAGCCUUUAAACAGGUGGGGGAAGUGGACAUCAUGGGCCAGCGGGGGCCGCUCCUGUGCCAGGUUUGGUUUACAGAGAACCCAAUUCAGUGGCAGGUGAGCCUCCAGCUGGUCAGCGUGAGUCUGGGCUUCGGGCUCCCGCUCCUGAUCAUGCUUUACUGCUAUAUCCGGAUCUUCCGGUCACUGUGCAACGCCACCCGUCGACAAAAGCGCAAGUCCCUGCGCCUCAUAGUCUCUCUGGUGUCCGUCUUUGUGCUUUGCUGGGCCCCCUACAACUGCUUCCAACUAGCCGACAGUCUGCAGAGGCUGGGCACAGUGGCCGGAGGAUGCCAGUUUGGUCGCAUUGUGGACAUCGGCACCAUGGUCACCGAGAGUGUGGGGCUGUCGCACUGCGCCCUGAACCCCCUGCUGUACGGCUUCGUAGGAGUCAAGUUCCGUAGGGAGAUGGCUCGGAUGUGCAAAGGGCUGCUGGGAGCGAGAGGCUGGCUGGGCAUGGAGGAAUGGAAGGACAGGAGGCGGAAAACCGCAAGCUCCUACAGCUCUGCCGAGAGCGAAAACACCUCAUACUCUGUCAUGGGGUGAUGAGGGUUUAGAGCAGGGGUCUCCAACAGGUAGCUCUCCAACCAUUCUUGACAAGGGUCAAAGAAUCAUGCACCUUUUCCACUGCACAAUGCGGUCUCUUAGUCUCAGUGCCACCUUAGCUGGCUGCAUUCACACUUGGUUUGAACUCAAGCAAACCGCACAAGAGUUCACUUGAAAAUCGACCAAGACCCAUCUUUCAGUCUCCUUCACCUCUUUCAACCGUCUCCUCUACAGUCGUCCCUUAUUUAUCACGGUUAAUUGGUUCCAGACUCGACCACGAUAAGUGAAUUUCCGCAAAGUCGGAUUUGAUAAUAAUAAACAAAACAUUUUUGUAGUCAGAGCAUAGAAAACGACAGCCGCCGCUAGCAUAGCAUGCUACCGAACUAACCGGUUAGCCUCACUAACUUACUUAUUCUAAACUUAAAGUGUUUCAAACAGAGUGAGAAAGAAAGAUAAAGUAUGAAUCCAAAAACUUACCACUUCCACACAGAAUCGGAGGAGAAUUUUUAUUUUCUUUUAUCAUGUAGCCUUUGGUUAAGAACCACAUUUUUAUUCAAAAGGAGACUGAGUGCAGCAAGAAAACAGCAAAGUGGAGACUGUGGAGUGUAAUUUUCUUGUUAUUCCUAGCCGUGUUACUUCAGAUCUACUCUAUCAAUGGACGACCAGGCGUGGUUUAAAACACCUCCGCAACCUUGCAACCCCAACUGAUGGGGAUAAGGCCUCAUGGUACCUUCUUUUGCCAGUGGAAAACCAUCAACAACGAGUAGGCACUAUGCUGUGGAAAGGAUGCAAUAUGUGCAUAUAACCAUAUAACCAUGGUGUUGUUUAGACACUCAAAGGUUGGAGACCCCUGGAAAAGCAAACGCAGAUGCUCCGAAUUUACGUCAGGAAGAUGCUCUCUGCAAUGUUUUUGGUUGUAUUUUUUGUCACGUUCUUUGCCAUACCUCUGCUUCAUGCAUGUUUCUGUUCCAAAUAGUGGAGAUUAAAUCGAGCAGUCUACACAGCCAACAUUUUGGUGCUAUUUUAGACAUUUCUUCCCAUUUAAAGCUUGUAAAAUGUUCAGAAAAGUCUUGUGCUCCAAAAAUACAUUCAUGUGUCUCAUUUACGAAUUUAAGAUUUGUAUUAUAAAUAUUUUUGCAAUAAAGCAAACUGUUGUUUCUGAAUAUUUAUUGUGAUCUACUUUCAUCCAGCAAUCCAUACUGCUUUUUGUAUUUUAUCAUUUCUACCACUAUAUUGUGUCAAAAUUGUGACAUAAAAUUGCUAAAACAUGGACUAAUUGACUUAAUUAUAUUACUCUCUUUUGAUUAAUUUGGGAUCGAGACCUAGCGGACAUUUUAUGCAACAAAUAUUUUGCUAUGUAUGUUAUAUUU